AUGAACUAUAAUAAUUCAUCAAGUUCUUCAAAUCUUUUAAAUGAAAAUUGUGAUGAGUUUAUAUUAAAGGAAUUAAUAGAAAAUAAUAAGAGAAAAAAGUCUUUAUUUUUGUCAAUUUAUCAAACUGUUUUAUACAGUUUGAACCGUAAUAUAGAACUUGAUAAAAUACAAAGAGCUUUAUUAAUCAAUCAAAUAGAUAUUACUAUUGGAUGUCAUAUUGCAAAAAAUACUUUUUAUCAAAAAGAUGUAAUUGAAAAUAUUGAAGAACUCUUGAAAAUUAAGCAAUUUAUAACAGAAUUAUCUAAAGAUGAUAUUAUAAAAUAUUUAGAUAAAGUUAUUAGAAGAAAU